CAAGACAUGAUAACGUUUAUAGGACCCCGGGAGCCGCAUUACAGAUUUCCGCGGUGGACCCUACAUCACUUAAAGAGAUGAACCUGGAUGAAGACAGUGGUCUGACCGGCAGCUGCGGCAAUGGCAAGCUGAGGCAGUGGCUGAUAGAGCAGAUUGACAGCAGGAGAUAUCCAGGCCUAGUUUGGGAAAAUGAUGAGAAAACCAUCUUUAGGAUUCCGUGGAAACAUGCAGGGAAACAAGACUACAACCGAGAGGAGGAUGCCGCUUUGUUUAAGGCAUGGGCGAUGUUUAAGGGCAAGCAUAAGGAAGGAGUUGACAAGCCAGACCCCCCCACAUGGAAAACCAGACUACGCUGUGCCCUUAACAAGAGCAAUGAUUUUGAUGAAAUAGUGGAAAGAAGCCAACUGGACAUCUCAGAACCAUACAAAGUCUACAGAAUCAUCCCAGAGGGAACCAAAAAGGGCAUGAAAAUGAGCCGCAUGGAGGAAACGCCAUCACACCCAGUUGGAUACAUUCCACCAUAUACGUCUCUGCACAACCAGGUACCCAGCUUUGUGCUUUCUCCAGAAAGAAGGGACUGGAGGGACUAUCAUACACCGCCUGAACAACAUUCUCUCCAUAACACAAAUCACCAUGGCCAACACACUGACUUGCAGUAUGGUCAGUGCCACUACCAGUCACCAAUCAGUAGAGUUUGGCCUGGUUCACACACUGAAAAUGGUUUUCAGCUCUCAUUCCACACAUACCUUUCAGAGUCUCAGCCACCAAUGUACACGAUGGACCACAACAAUGCCAUAUCAGAUUUCAGCCUGCAUGUAUCCCUUUACUACAGAGAAACAUUGGUGAAGGAGGUCACUGUCAGCAGCCCAGAAGGUUGUCGGAUUACCUCUAACUCGACAUCCUCUCCAUCAUCUUCCUCCUCCUCUUCUCCAUGCCCAGAGGACAGAUUCCACAGUGGUGCGGAAAUCAUUCUUUUUCCAUCCCCCUUCCCUGAAUCUCAGAGGCAAGGAGCUGAGAUGCUUCCCAACAUCCUGGAGAAAGGAGUGCUCCUUUGGAUGACAACUGAUGGGCUGUAUGCCAAGCGCAUGUGUCAGGGACGGGUGUACUGGGAAGGACCUCUGGCUCCAUAUGUGGACAAACCCAACAAGCUGGAGAAGGAACAGCCAUGCAAACUGUUUGACACCCAUCAGUUUCUUAUUGAUCUACAAGAUUUUGCCCAUAAUGGUCGUCAUCCUCCACGACACCAGGUGGUGCUUUGCUUUGGAGAUGAAUAUCCAGAUCCACAACGUCCCAGGAAACUUAUUACAGCACAGGUGGAGCCAAUGUUUGCCAAGAAGCUAAUCUACUAUUACCAACAGAAUGCUGGCCACUACCUGCGAGCCUACGAUCACAUUCAGGAACAAAACCCUUCUCCAACUAUUGACUAUCCUUCUCAGAGACCCAUGGAGCAUAUUCAGGAGUGAAAAGCAUGCAAAAAAAGCUACACAAGCACAUAAGCGGGAUGGGUAUAAAUGUGAAUGUAAAGCUGUGAAUUUGUAUCACGCCUAAAGACUGCAGCAGCCAUGUUUACUGUAAAUGAUUUUGAGGCUGAGGGGAUGAGAUGGGGAAGACCCUGUAAGAUUUUACACGUUUGUUUCAAAGACUGGGGAGUAAGUUCAUAUGUUGUUGUUUUUUUUCUUUUCUCUUUCUUCUUCUUCAGCAAAUAUUAUUGUGACAGUGUGAAGGAUGCGGUUUGAGGGUGGGGGAGAUGAGCGGAGUGGAGGGCAAACUGAGACAGGAAGUACUAGCACAGGUGCACAGGAAGAAUGGCCCCUAAGACAAACACUGAUAUGUCUGUGAGAUAAGCCAGUCUGAAUGAAUACUUCUCAUUCACAGGUAACAGUAAAUCUAUAUUUUGGUGAACAGGAUUUGGGGACAAUUUCUGAUUCUACGUUCUUUAUGCAGCUCAUUUACUUUAUAAUCAACAACACUCGACAUACAAGAUAAAGAAAGUAGACAUAAGGCAUGCUUACAGAAAAGAAAAAUGUAUAAUAUUGAUUUGUUCUAAGGCAGAUUUUUGAAGACCCCAAAUUUUGUCUCGAUGUAUGAUAGAAAAAUCUUGUUUAUUCCGGCCCUUUGUUUGACGGUUCUGUUGCUUGUGAAAUAUUGUAUAGUUUAAAAUUUCUUCAAACCGAGUAAUAAAUAUUUUUGAAACUAUUCCAACUUUAUAGCCCAUUUUUAUUCAAGCCUGUAGACAUGCAACAUGUAAGGGUUUGUAGCUACGCCUUUCUUUGUGGUAUUUGCCCACAAAACAGGAGGGGACAAAUGUUGCACAGUAAAUUAUCAGAGAACAAUCUGUGGUUCAAGCACUGCCUCAGUGAAUGUGGGCUACGUUAAAUGGAAAAUGUCACUCAUCCCGUAACUUACAGGGAAAUGAUACCUGUUCCUCUUGACCUGAAACUAGCGGCCUCUCAAGUGGGAAGGAAAACUACCUUGAUGGUCGGUUUGCAGAUUAUACACAAGGAGCUGUCGUUCCCAUGCAUGAGGUGCUUUGGAGAUGGGGUCUUCGAUUAAAUUUUGAAGUUCCACUUAAAUUAUUUUCAUCAAACAAAUUAAAUAUCAAGCAUUUGUUUUAAAUUUGAGGAAAUCUGCAACGAAAACUAACCUGAUUGUAUGCAAAACAUUACUACCUAAAGCAACACCCGUUGUGCCACCUUGUUAGCAACAACCGUCAUAAAGUGAUGCAAAACUUUCAUUUAGUAUUUUGAAUAGCUGUGGAGGAAUUUUAGAAUUUUUUUUUCUCCAGUUCAACAACCUUAUUUAUUCCUAGGUGGACUUGCUGGUUUACUUUGCUUCAUAUUGCUACUUCAUAACUCCAGUGUUCUUGAGUUUAAGUCAAAAAGUAAUGAUUAAACAUCUCAUUUGGUUUUCUGUCAAAGAGCAGCAUUCAUGGCAAAAUGGGAAGGAUCUGGAUGUUUUACAUCAGAUAUAUUGAGACACACUGUCCAAAAACU